AUGCCCUUGGAUGGUUGUUUACGGCGUGAACAAGAGGAGCUACAACCCUCUCGACGGCUGCAAUCGAUGUUUAACACCUCUGCAACCCUCCUACAGUCGAAAAAGCACAACCCCAAACACCCCACCUCAAUCGUUGUUGCUGCAGCUGCUCUGAUUCCCUUCCGAAUCGUUGUUAUUGAUGACGAGAAAGAAACCACGAUGAGGCUCGCUGGGGAGCAGCCUCGCCACCUCCUUCGGUUGUUUAUCGCAUCUUCCCCCCUUUGCACCUUUCCUCACCUAAGUUGUUGUCGCAGCUUACAUGUUUCCCUCGGAUCUUCCUUCCUUCCUUCUCCCUCGCAGAUCAAUGCUUAA